CUCACGCCAGAUAAAGCUAUGGCAGCUAUGGAUAUUCAUAAGUCAGAAAUCUGAAAUAAAGAAGGUUUUUGCCCAUCUUCUCACUCCUAUCUUCUGGGCUUCUUGAACAAAUCGACUACCGUUGCUUACGGUUGAAAUUAAAAGUCAAAAACUAUUCUUGCACAACCGUGCCGAAUGCGCAUGCGUGGGAUCACUUUAAUGGUAUACGUUUUUUGUUUUAUUGUGAGAUUUUUAACGACUGGGAUGAUGUUGAUCUAUUCCCAAUGAAGCGGUUGAAAUCAACGUCAAUCAUUGUGCUAUUGUCGUUGCUACUGGCCUUCUGUGUGUUAGUGAUCCUAUUGCUGGUGUUGCAGUCAAAAACAUGGGUUUACAAGUGCGCGAAUGGAGGCGUUCCACGGGACGGAAGCGGACCGGUACCGCUGUCGUUACCGACAGUAUUGCAACGUAUGCCGCAUUUGCUCGCCAAACCGGAUGCUCUGGUCCCGCGACGGCUUAUAGGGAAAGGACGAACAGGAGUUUCUGUCGUGAUCGGCAUCCCGACGGUGCGGAGAUCAUCGGCGCACAGCUAUCUGGAAGAAACGCUGGAUUCCCUGUUAAGAAUUGAAGAUAGCAAACUAGAGACCGAUGUAUUGGUCAUCGUCAUGGCUGCCGACAUUACCAACUUAAGCGCCGUGGACGCGUUUAUCAACGAUUUACGACAAGCAUACGCCCCGACAAUCGAGAAAGGAACAUUGGAGAUUAUCGCUCCGUCCCCAGAGUUUUAUCCUGAUCUGCAUCAUAUACACUCCGCCCUGGAUGAUUCUCUCGAGCAUCAAAAAUGGCGGACGAAGCAGGUGCUGGAUUACGCUUACCUGAUGACCUAUGCACAAUCUAAAGGAUCAAACUAUGUUCAGUUGGAAGACGAUGUGGUCGCCGUACCGAAAUAUUUAUCCACGAUCAAAAGAUUUGCACAGACGAAAAGGAACAGAUUUAUCUUCGUUCAGCUUAGUGGCGCGGGUUUUAUUGGCAAGCUUUUUCGUACCGUGGAUUUACUACCGUUUGUGGAAUUUCUCCUUUUAUUCUAUGAAACCAAGCCCGUAGACUGGCUGCUGACCAGUUACGUUUCGCUCCAUGUCUGCCCGGAAAACUCCGCUGUCAGCGCCUGUAGGCAAGCCAAGCAACGCGCUGCGCCGCAGAUCAGUCCCCCUUUGUUCCAUCAUAUUGGAAUGCAUUCCUCUUUCCAAGGAAAGACGCACGAUUUACCGCAGGAAAUCAGCUCCGGAAAUGUGAUCCUGUUUAUUCCCCACAAAAAUAAUCCUCCCGCCCAAACAGUGUGGACCACCAUGAAGGUCUAUCCCCAACAUGAUUUGGAGUACGCGUACAAUGGGAGCAAUUACUUCUGGACUGGGCAUUCCCAAGUGAACGACACAAUCACCGUAGAAUUUAGGGACCCCACCGUCGUCACGCAGUAUCUUUUCAAGUCAGGCAACGCUCAACAUCCAGGAGAUCGGUUGUCCGAUGCGGUGGUAGAGGUAGCAACGCCUGCGGGAAGGAAUCAGACGUAUACCUGGCGCGAAGUGGGUCGGUGCUAUCGGGGGAUUGCUCGAGGCACACUGACUACGGGAGCAGCAUUGUUGGCCAUCCGAAUUAGGAUCCUCAGCGGCAGCGAGUUCGGCAUUGUAAUCAAGGAAAUCUGGAUUCGAACUGCCGACGUAAAGGUGAGUUGAGAUUUUCCUUACUGACGUCGCGCUACUCAAUGCUCAUACAGUGGACCUCGGCAAUCAUGUUCCUUUAACAACGAUGUACAACGAUGGAUCGGGAUCGUUCACAUGAUAUCAGAUUGGUGUCCAAUGGUGUAUAUUGCAUGCCACUGACGGCACUUUAGUUGUUGAGUUGACCAUACCAUCCAGCUGAAUGGAUAUCAGCGGAACGGCAGUCAUAAUUUACGCUUCUUCUGCAAUAGUUACUACUUUAUA